AUGGUUUUUUUAAAUUUAAAAACAUUUUUAUUUACAUUUAUUGUAUUUUAUUCAACUUAUUUAUAUAAUUAUAAAUGUCCAACUUUAACACCAUUAGAAUCAAUUGAAAAUAAAGUAUUACAUCCAUUAACAUCACAACAUUCAACAUUAUGUGAAUUAUUACAUGGUGGAUUAAAUAAAAUUGAUCCUUAUUACGUACAAUUAAAUUUAUUUUUAGAUAAAAAUAUAAGAUCUCAACCAAUUGUAAAAGAAUGGGGAUUAUGUGCAAAAGUUGAAAAAACUAAAAGUAAUUUAAAAUAUCAUGUAUAUCCUUUAUUAAAUCAAUUAUAUGAAUUUACUGAUUAUGCUGAAACAAGAAUUUAUGAUGAAUUAAAUCAUUAUUAUUUAAAAGCUGAAGAAUUUGUUCAUGGUAAAUUAAAACAAGAUUAG